CAGCUAAUCAAUUACAUAGAACGUUAUCAAUGGAUACAGUACAAUACAAGCACAUUAUCUAGCCAGUUUAGAAUGAAACCAUGACCAUGUGCGUGUAAUAUGGUCUUCGCUUUUUCGUACGGAUUCAUAAGGAGGUACCCCUAGAUAAUUUUAACGUAGAGAAAAACCAUCAAAUUAUGUUUAGCCUAUACUACAUACCUUAGAUGGAAUAUUGGUAUAUCUCUAUUUAUAGAUUCUAUUAAUAGGUAAAAUAAUUCAACCACCUAAAGUGCCAAUAACAUUUGCAUGUGGAUCAAAGUAGUUGCCAAGAAAACACUGCUAUUCUACUUCGGUUUAAAUAAAAGUUGCUUUAGACGUUUACAUUCAGAAAUGUCUCUGGAACAAGCGAAACAAGUAGCCGCUUACCGGGCGGUGGACACCUAUGUAACAAAUGGUUGCGUUUUUGGUGUUGGGAGUGGAUCGACAGUGGUUUACGCAGUACAGCGCUUAGCCGAACGUGUUGAAACUGAAAAUUUAAAGGUGACCUGUGUACCUACGUCAUUUCAAGCAAAACAACUUAUUUUAAAACAUAACUUCACUUUGGGUGAACUGGACACAAAUCCGAUUAUUGAUAUUACGAUUGAUGGUGCAGAUGAAGUAGACUCAAAAAUGACAUUGAUAAAAGGUGGCGGUGGAUGUUUAUUGCAAGAAAAAAUUGUUGCUUCAUGCUCAAAAAAACUCAUUGUCAUAGCUGACUACACCAAAGAUUCCCUAAAGCUGGGUGAUAGAUAUAAAAAGGGUAUUCCUAUUGAAGUGAUUCCCAUGGCUUACAUUCCAAUCAAGGCCAAAAUUGUAUCAAUGUUUGGUGGGGAAGCAAAAUUGAGAAAUGCUGUAGCAAAAGCAGGACCUGUUGUAACUGACAAUGGAAACUUUAUUCUAGACUGGUUGUUCACAAAUCAAGAUUUGGAUUGGCAGAAAGUAAAUUCUGCUAUUAAAAUGAUACCGGGAGUGGUGGAAAUUGGGCUGUUUGUAAACAUGUGUGAAAAAGCGUAUUUCGGGCAGCCUGAAGGAAAUGUUAUAGAAAGAUCUGCAUAAAAUAAAACAGGGAAUCUUAUAUAUUGUUACUGCUAAGAAUAAGGAUAUUUUUUUAUGCUUUUUAUAAUAAAGUAUAUUUCUUUAUGA